AUGAGCCGCCAGCUCCUGCACUGCACUGCACCCCCGGUCACCCCUGGCUACUCUCCUGCUCCUCCGGUACCCUCCAUAGAGGCCCUCCAGCACGAUAUGGCUCUCGGGUGCGCCUCUCUUGUGCUCGCCCCCACUAAUGUGCUUCGGUCCAUCGGCGUGCUCAUGCACGCCUCCCUUGCUGCCCUGCUUUCAAAUCCUCCCCCUCCCCCACCCCCACCGGUUUCUCCCCUCUUCCGCUACUCCGCGUCCUUCCCAAUUUCUCCCCGUUUGAAACAGCUCAUACGCAUUGGCCCUAACAGUGUUGUCGUGGGCACGUGGCACGGCCUAAAGGAGACAUUGAGGCAGGAAGAGAGCAGCUCCGACCAGUCCAGGGUAGAGGGAGUCAAGGAGGUCAACCUAGCCUAA